AUGAAGCUAAUCUUUGCAUGUCUUAUCCUCUUUUUAACUUUCUGCCAAGAAAUUCAAUGUACCGAGGGAAGACAUUUGAAGUUAGAGAGACAAAAUGAAUCCCAAAAGCUUCAAAUUUACAACAAAACCCUUGAAAUAGAAACAAGGAAGCUUGUAGAGCAAAAACGUAACCUGCUUGUUGACGAGAACUCUGCCGUUACAGUAGCAAAUGCUACUGUGUCUCCACCUACAGAUGGGUUAUCGGCACCUCCACCUUCAAAACAUGCAGAUGACUUCAGGCCCACAGCUCCUGGUCGCAGCCCUGGUGUCGGGCAUGCUAUUCAAAACUAG